CACAUUCUUAAGGAUAACUGCAAAGCUUACUCAAAGGGCAUUCUAGCGGAGAUUCUCGACUUUGUCAUGGGGAAAGGAUUGAUCCCAGCUGAUGGUGAGAUAUGGCGGGUCCGGCGAAGAGUAAUUGUCCCUGCAUUACAUAAGAAGUAUGUGGCUGCCAUGAUUAUUCUCUUUGGGCGAGCUUCAUUUAGACUCUGUGAGAAGUUGGAUAGAGCUUCAUCAGAUGGUGAAGAUGUAGAGAUGGAGUCACUCUUCUCACGGUUAACCUUAGAUGUCAUUGGGAAGGCUGUUUUCAACUAUGAUUUUGAUUCUUUAUCACUGGACAAUGGCAUUGUUGAGAUAUAGUAGGCUGUUUACAUUGUCUUGAGAGAAGCAGAACAGCGAAGCACUUCUCCAAUACCAACUUGGGAAAUUCCAAUUUGGAAAGAUCUCUCUCCUAGACAGCAGAAGGUCACAAAAGCUCUUAAGUUGAUCAAUGAU